AUGACCGAUCAGCAAGCCGGAGAUCUGCCCAGAGACGACGAGUCGGCCACCGACAGGCCACCUUCGACUGCAACGCCUUUAACGGAAGGCAAUGAACAAUUGAAAUCAACCCGCCCACUCCAGGAUGACGAUGCAUCCUUACUUCCAGACGCGAAGCGACGACGGACGGACGCGCCUGGCGGGGCUGCUGCCGUCUACGAAGUCGCUGGAGCUGCACUGGUGCCAUCGGCGAACCACCAGGAUGACCCAAGUACAUCCUCGCUCGCUGCCGUGAAGAGUACCCCAACAGGCGCUAUAGGGCUGGAUGUUAAGCGUAACCAGAUCAAGGAGGAACUGGAGGACGCACUGAGACCAACCACCCAGGCAUCAUCGGCGGAAAACGUAGCUGAGGCUAUAUCUCACCUCCUUGACCAGACACGGAGGGUAGAAGAUGCUAGCAAGCAACAGGUCGGGCAUGCUGAGCCCUCUAACUCGACGUUCCUAAAGGCAAACUCGAAUCUAAAGUUGCAGAGUCUCCCGAUUCUUGAUAACCUGUCUACUCAGAUGCUCUGCUUCGUCGCCCGUACAAACUUUCAAGACCUUAGUACGCUAGUGUUGGACCCUCAGUCUGAGAAUGCGCAGUCGUAUUCCACCUUACGCUCCCUAUUCGACCAUACCAAGAAGGUUUACACAACAACCCAAUCCUUCCUGUCCGCGUCGGAUCUGGGGUUCACGGACUCCAGUCAGGUUGAAAUAAUCCGAAAGGCAAACCUGGCGUCAUUCGUGUUCAGUCUGUUUGGAACUCAGGAGAUAGGGUUGUCCGACCUGCAUGACCACUUCCUGGAUAUAUUCGUUCCAGAAGGUGGACGGCUCCUUAAAAGUCAAGCUGCCCUAUUUCUAGAACUGAAAACGCAAACAUUCAUUGCCGCCAUGAACAACCCAGCUCGACCAAAAGCUGAUAUUUUAUACGAGUUGUUUCCCGAUAACCUUGGUGUCAAGCUACUGGCCCGAAGACCUGGUACUCGACACCCUGCUCCAAGCGAGACCGAUUUCGUUAAAAGAGCCUGGUCGCGACGGGAUAUCCUUCUGGGAGAAAUAAAUAACCCAGACUCGGCCAAUACGUUGUCUGAAAAAUACCUCUGGCAAGACUUCUUAAGAGAUGUUAGCAUCUAUGUGAGCAAGAAUAUCGAUUCUAUCACCACUCAACAGGCCAAACGAUCCAACAAAAUAAGAUCACCAACUUCGCCGCAGGAAGAGGAGAUAGAAUCCCCAGGCAUUGCCCUGGAGACGCAAUUUCCUGUAGCUCCUCCAAACCCACCAGAGCCGGCUCCUGUUGAACGGAGGAUUGGAAAGGUUGACCUUGUCGCAAGAGCUGCUCGUGCUGCACAGAUUGCUCUUCAAGGUCAAGGCUCAACACAUCUUCCAUUCCUUCAAAGCCACUUCCAGUUCCAGCAAUAUAGCCCACAGGUACCGCCUGAACCUUCGGCUAUAAGGGCAAAUGCUGCAUCCGCCAGUUAUGGAUACAUGCCAGGAGUCCCCCAUUACUCACAAUCUGAGCCCACCCAAAUUCUCUACGAACGUGCCAGGCUUGCAACUACCACACGAUCUUCCCCAAGUAGUCGUCGUGCAGGUCUCCCUAGCCAACGACGUCCAUGGACCACGGAAGAAGAGAAUGCCUUGAUGGCAGGACUUGAUCGCGUCAAAGGGCCUCACUGGAGCCAGAUACUAUCAAUGUUUGGGCCCGGGGGUACCAUCAGUGAAGCUCUCAAAGACCGUAACCAAGUCCAACUCAAGGACAAAGCACGCAACCUCAAGCUAUUCUUCUUAAAGAGCGGAAUAGAAGUUCCAUAUUACCUCAAGUUCGUCACUGGGGAGCUCAAAACUCGUGCACCAGCACAGGCUGCAAAGCAGGAGGCGCGAGAAAGGGAGCGUCAACAGGGCGAAGAGGAUAAAGCGCAUGUAGAGGGGAUUGAAGGGAUGAUGGCGCUUGCUGGAGCCCAUGCAUCAGCCUCCGUUGAGCCCUCUAUCGGGAGUAUAGAGUCGCAUCCCAACACGCAACCAAGCACGCCGGUCGUCCUUCCACAGCAACAGGAGAUGCAUCAUCAGCCUGACCAAGACCAGCAUUCAGCUGAACGGUCCGCCGAACAAGUGCUAUAUCAAAGUCUGACCCAAGACCAAAAGUCAGACAGCAUGCAGAUGGAUUCUCAACGCAAUUACGUGGAUCCUUCUCUGUAA